AUGGCGCUGCUGCACUCCUGCCGCCUCCUCUCCGGAGUUACUUCCUUCUACCUGGGCCUCAGCACAGCCGCCAACGCCAGAGCCAGCUCUUGAUGGACCCACAUAGAGAUGGGGCCCCAUGACCCUAUCUUGGGGGUUAUGGAAGCAUUUAAGAGGGACACUAACAGCAAGAAGAUGAAUCUGGGAGUUGGGGCCUACCGAGAUGACAAUGGGAAGCCUUACGUUCUUCCAAGCGUCCGUAAGGCAGAGGCUCAAAUUGCAGGGAAGAACAUGGACAAAGAGUACCUGCCCAUCGCAGGACUGGCUGAAUUUUGCAAGGCAUCAGCAGAGUUGGCCCUGGGUGAAAAUAACAAGGCUCUGAAAAGCAAUCGAUAUGUCACCACACAGACCAUUUCUGGAACCGGUGUAUUGAGAGCGGGAGCCAGUUUUCUGCAACGGUUCUUCAAAUUUAGCCGGGAUGUGUAUCUUCCAAAACCAUCCUGGGGAAAUCACACCCCCAUCUUCAGGGACGCUGGCAUGCAGCUGAAUGGCUAUCGCUGCUACAACCCCAAGACUUGUGGCUUUGACUUCACCGGAGCCUUGGAAGACAUUUCAGAAAUCCCAGAGAUGCAGAGUGUCAUCCUUCUGCAUGCCUGUGCUCACAACCCCACAAGAGUUGAUCUUCAUCCUGAGCAGUGGAAAGAAGUAGCAUCCUUAGUAAAGCAAAGGGAACUCUUUGCCUUUUUUGACAUAGCAUAUGAGAGCUUUGCCAGUGGAGAUGGCAACAAGGAUGCCUGGGCUGUUCGCCACUUCAUUGAUCAGGGCAUUAAUGUCCCUCUCUGUCAGUCCUACACCAAGAACAUGGGCCUGUAUGGUGAAUGUGUGGGAGCCUUUACCAUGGUUUGUAAAGAUGCUGAUGAAGCCAAAAGGGUAGAAUCCCAGUUGAAAAUACUGAUUCAUCCCAUGUAUUCCAACCCUUCUCUCAAUGGGGCCCGAAUUGCUGCCAUGAUCCUGAAUAGUCCUGAUCUGAGGAGCCACUGGUUGCAAGAGGUCAAAGGCAUGGCAGAUCGCAUCAUUGGCAUGCGGACCCAGCUGGUUUCCAACCUCAAGAAAGAAGGUUCCUCCCACAACUGGCAGCACAUCACUGACCAGAUUGGCGUGUUUUGUUUCAUAGGCCUGAAACCUGAGCAGGUGGAAUGGCUGACCAAGGGAUUCUCCAUCUAUAUGACAAAAGAUGGCCACAUUUCCAUAGCAGGGGUCACAUCGGGCAACAUAGGAUACCUUGCCCAUGCCCUUCACCAAGUAACCAAAUAA